AUGGCUACAUUUUCCUCCAUACAAGCUCAAACAGCAGUGGGAAGCGGCUCAAGUCAGAAGCGAAAAGCUACAAUGGUCGAGCCGGCUCCACGCAGGCGAACCCCUCAGGCGUGCUUGAUCUGCCGCAGGAGGAAGUCAAAGUGCGAUGGUGUCCGGCCGUCAUGCAGAAAUUGCCGUCGACUCAACCGGAGCUGCGAAUGGCCCGACCCUGAAGCAACCGGCGUAGACUCGGUGCUUGAAGAACUCUCAGAGAUUCAGCAUCGUAUACUCUUGGAUGCAUUCUUCUCAACAUCUCAUUUGGAACCUGUGCGUUUGAGUAUACACAAGCCUACCUUCGACGGCACCGGCUUCCAACACCAUCCAGAAUUCUUCCGUCUGGCGAUUUGCACGCUUGCUGCCCUCUACCUGGACCAUGACACGAGCGUCAAAUACUUCGAAGGCGACUCGCCCUGGCAGAUCUCUGAGAGAUUGGCUCCGCGAGUCAGACAGCUGGCAAGAGAUACAUCUGAUCAACCGACGGUCAAAAACAUCCAGGCAAACUUGAUUCUUGCUCUGAGAGAGUUGGUGGCAAGAGCAGGAUACAAUUCGUAUAUCUAUGCAGGUUUCGCCAUUCGGAUGGCUCACAGCCUCCGCUUCAUGAAGGAGUAUCAUCAUAGGCAUCCACCACUAGAGCGGGAGAUCCGCCGGAGAUGUAUGUGGAGUUGUGUCGUGGUAGAUAUCCUGAUUUCCCUCACCCUUUGUCGGCCUACGUCGAUCCAAACCCAGUGGACCUACAUUCAGCUACCCUGUCCGGAAGCAUCCUUCAUGUUUGGAGAGGACUAUCCAAGUCCGACGCUGGCCGAGUUCGUCCACAAUCAACCCGACCAUCCAGAUCUUCUGCCAUACUUUAUCAAGGCAGUCGACAUCUUGAACACUAUGAUGGAGCAUGUCCGGGCCUGGGUCGUCCAAGAUCAAUCAUUGGACCUUGGUAGCGAAUAUACUAACCCCUUCGACACCACCUUUGCGGAUUGGAUAUCUCAACUGCCUGAUCGCAUGUCCUGGUCCAAACACAACCUCCGCGCAUUCCGGCUCCUGGGCCAAGGCAAUCUGUUUGUGACAUUCCACAUGGUGGUGUCUCACGCCUUUUGCCUGGUACCGCAGUUGUAUCUUCCGUAUACAGGAAUGCAAACAGCUCCCUCUCCUGUGCCGUUGUCUGACCGUCAAAUCACCGCUAUCCGCAAAUGUCUUCACCACGCUGAUCGAAUCACGGCCAUAGUUAGCCUGCUUUUCCGAGGCGACGAUGUGGCCAGGGAAAUCCUUCGAUCGCCGUUCACCAGCCUGGCCAUGAUGUGUGCAGCCACCAUUCAUAUUUGGAGCGCACAUUCCGAAGCGUGCGUCAAGGCUGCGACUCCGAACCCGACAGGUUCUGCCCAGUCCACACCUUCAACCCCUCCGAACCAUCAUCUACGGCUAUUCGUCGAGGUCUUUCAGAGUUGGGAAAAGUCCUGGCCGCUUGCGCACGGCUGUCUCGAGACCAUCAGCUUCCUCGAGCAGCUCUACAACGUGGCCUACCACGUCACGGCCGCCCCGCUCGAGGACGGAAACAUGGUCACCGAGGCUGCCAUCGACCUCGACCGGACGGCUGCCGUGGGCAGCGGGAUCUAUGACCCUCCGGCGGGGCCUUUUAUGCUCUCACGCUGGACCCAGGUGCUCCUGGCGGUACAGUCUGAGCCACAGCCGGUCAAAAAAGAGCAGGCACGAGCUCAGCUCCGAGCCUUGUGCCGACACUUGCGGUUGAGGUCUAUGCUGGGGCCUGUUUCCACGCAGGAAGAUGAUGGCGCUGAGGACGGCUACGAGUUUCUGUCACACUUUGACACUACAGAGCUCGAAGACUUGGGGGGUUUCGUCGGGUGCAUGGAUGGCUCUACUGAUGCGGAUGUGGAUGAACAUUCGCUUGUAGGUUACAUCUCGUUCCUACAUUCGUAA